AUGGCGUCAGGAGAAAAUGACCUGUGGAAGGCACCGGCGGUGCAUCCCAUAUCACGUGAACAGGUUCAGGCAAUAUCCGAUCAGCUCAGACUGGAGUGUUCUGCCGAAGAUGUCGACUCAUAUACGGAAAGUAUCGCAGGAGUGUUAAAAUCCUACCAACGAAUUAACGAGAUGGUGGAGCCAGCACUUCCGGUGAAGUAUCCCAGAACCCCAGGCUACAGGCCACAGCCAGAAGAAAACCUUUUAAAUGCAUGGUAUUACCGCUGUGACAUCAAAGGCGCAGCGACAGGUAAACUGGCAGGUAAGAAGGUUGGCAUAAAAGACAACACGGCGGUGGCAGGUGUCCCGAUGAUGAACGGCUCUAAGAUAAUGGAGGGAUAUGUACCGGAGUUUGACGCUACCGUGGUAACACGAAUUCUGGAUGAAGGUGGUCAGAUUGUUGGAAAGACGGCCUGUGUAAACAUGUGUCUGGGCGGGGCGGGAUUUAACAACGCUCUGGCCCCCGUGCUGAACCCUGUGAAGAAAGAUCACGUCCCCGGAGGAUCCAGUUCGGGAAGCGGGGCUCUUCUGGCCGCUGGUGAGAUCGACCUGGCUACAGGUGGUGACCAAGGUGGUUCUAUCCGGAUCCCCGCCUGCUGGUGUGGUGUCGUCGGACUGAAGCCCACUUUUGGUCUUGUUCCUUACACGGGCUGUGUGCCUAUAGACAUGACACUGGAUCAUUGCGGACCGAUGGCCAGGACGGUCCGCGACUGUGCUCUCUUCCUGGAGGUUCUGGCCGGAUAUGACGACGGCAAUGACCCCAGACAACCCCCAAACAUCCAGGUUCCGGAAUACAGUAACAUGCUGACAGAAACCCUGGAAGGCAAACGUAUAGCUCUGUUACGGGAAGGGUUUGAGAUCUGUGAGAAGGAUGUGGCGGACAUGGUGAAAACUGCGGCCCAUAAACUGGAACAGAAAGGGGCGGUCGUCACUGAGAUCAGCUUACCUGGCCACAAAGACGGAUUCCGCAUUUCUUCUGCAAUCGGUAUAGAGGGAUUCUACCAAACAGUGAUGGCAGGCAGUGGUAAGUCACACCGUGGGCUGGAAAGGCAGUACUUUCCCUCGAUGUUAGACCACUUGGGCCAGGCUUGUUCGAACCGAUCAAGGGAUUUCUCUGAUGUCGCUCGCAUGUACUUGAUCGCUGGACACUACCUGAAGAUGUCCUAUCAUGGCCGCUUUUACGCCAAGGCCCAGAACCUCGGCCGAUCCCUCAAAAAGAUGUACGAUGACGCUCUGAUGGACCAUGACGUUAUCAUCAUGCCCACACUGCCUUCAAAGCACCCAAGAUUCCCAAGGCAGACAGCACUUUCCCGGGCAAAGCGAAUCGCAUUACUAAGAGGGAUCACUCCAAAUACCAGCCCCUUUAACGUAACUGGCCACCCAUCCUUGUCCAUCAGCGUGGGGAAAUCUGAAGGACUUCCGGUUGGGAUGCAAAUAACUGGGAAAUUGUUUGACGACCUGACGGUUCUCCAAGUGGCUCAUGUGUAUGAGAGUAUGAGAGGAGAGACCGCGUGA